CAGCAGAGCAUUAUAGUUUAGAUGCUGUGGAUUUAAGAGAGUAAAGCAUAGCAGAGAGAGAGAGAGAGAGAGAAAAAGGGAGAUGGAUGUGCUGACCAACAGAGUGGGGAGAAGUGAGAUCAAGCCCGGAGACCACAUCUACACCUACAGAGCUGUCUUCACCUAUUCUCACCACGGUAUCUUUGUUGGGGGUAACAGGGUGGUCCAUUUUAGUCCUGACAGAAAUUCAAAUUCAAACAGCACUUGGAUAUCUUCUGAUUCUGGCUAUUGUAAGUCAGCAGUGAUCUGCCCUUCCUAUCCCGAAUGUGGAUUUAGGCAACCCAACAGUUGUGUACUCCGUUCUUGCCUGGAUUGUUUCCUCGGAAAUGGAUCUCUGUAUCGUUUCGAAUAUGAGGUUUCUCCAUCAUUUUUCUUUGCUCAGGUGCGGGGUGGCACAUGCUCCUUUGCAAAAUCAGACCCACCAGAACAAGUUAUCCACCGAGCAUUGUAUCUUCUUCAAUAUGGAUUUGGCAAUUAUGAUGCCUUCUUAAACAACUGCGAAGACUUUGCGCUUUAUUCCAAAACUGGUCUUCAGGUAGCAGACGGAAAGAAAAAAACUGGAGGUCAAGCCUCUUCCUUCCUUGGUGUCCCAUGGGCUACCAUUGUUUCUUCUCCUCUCAAGUGGCUAAUGCCAAGUCCUGGUGUUGCUACGGUAACGGCUGGGAUUUAUUGUAUGACUAGGUAUGCAAAUGAUAUUGGUGUUCGAGAUGAUGCGAUCAAGGUUGCAGUGGAGGAUUUGGCUGAGAACAUGAGCUGGGAAGCCCAUGAGGCUUAUUUUGUUCAAAAGAAUUCUGCGUCAAUUCCUAUUCUUGAUGGAAGGAAUUUCUCAGAGUGGUCUGAACAAGUUCAGUUUUACCUUGGUGUUUGGGAUCUUGAUUUGGCUCUUCGGACUGAGAAACCACUUGCUAUUACUAACUCAAGUAGUGCAGAAGAAAAGGCUAUAUACAAGUCAUGGGAGCGAUCAAACAGAUUGAGCAUUAUGUUUAUGCAAAUGAGUAUAGUGAACAAUAUUAAAUCAACUCUUCCUGAAUGUGAUAGUGCUAAAGAAUUCUUUAAAAACGUUCUUCGAUCGGUUGACAAGCUUCUUACAGGGACAUUGAUGGCUGAACUUACCGCCAUGAAAUUUGAUGGUACACGUGGGAUGCAUGAGCAUAUCAUUGAAAUGACAAAUCUAACUGCUAAGUUAAAGGCUCUUGGGAUGAAUGUGGAUGAGUUCCUUCUCGUGCAAUUUAUUUUCAACUCAUUGCCUCCUCAGUAUGAGCUAACUCAAAAUCAGUACAACACUCAUAAGGAUAAGUGGAAUGUAAAUGAAUUAACCAGUAUACUUGUUCAAGAAGAGGCAAGGCUUAAGCAACAAAGAUAUCAUUCAGCUCACAUUGUAAGUCAAGGAGCCAAAAAGAUAGAGUUACCUGAAGUUAAUGGACCUCUUCAAGUAAUUGAGGUUCCUGAGAAGAAAGAAAACAAUGUCAUAGAGCCAUCUAAAGUUAAUGGACCUCUUCAACUAACUGAGGUUCAUGAGAAGAGACAAAACAAUGUCAUAGAACCACCUAAAGCUAAUGUACCUCUUCAAGUAAGUGAGGUUCAUGAGAAGAGACACAACAAUGUGAAGUGCUAUUUUUGCAAAAAGUUUGGACAUGUUCAAAGAAAUUGCUACAAACGUAAGGCAUGGUUCGAAAAGAAAAGGCGUCCCUAUAAUCCAGACCAUAAACCCGAAUAAAAAUUUCAUAUUCAUGGGAAAUGAAGUCAAAGUUCCAGUUGUUGCCAUCAGGACAUUUCAUUUGUUUCUAGAUACUGGUUGUUACAUAGAUUUGUUUUAGACACUUUAUGUUUCUACUAUUUCUCAAAAUUUGGUUUGUUUUUGUCUAAUCUUGAUCUUGAUGGUUUUAGACAGUUUUGUUGGUUUUGAGAUUCUAUGUGAUGGUUUGUAUAAAUGAAUCUUAUUAAACUGUUUGUGAUCAGGUUGUAUUAGGUCACUGCAUUUCAUGCUGA